AUGAUCUCGAGCUGGCUUCCUUGCGACGACACAUGUAUGAGGGGAACGCUCGAUUCCAAGCCGCACUCUCAAAGGGAUAAAUCUAAGAGAGCAAAGUACAAAGCAGACUGUUCCAAGGCUCAGACCACGGUUCGCCACCUGCAUGCUGCUCUUGCCGCUGUAUCAGUGGAGCGCGAUCAACUUCGGGAUGAUCUGGCUGAGUUGGAAGCUAAUUAUGACCGAUCGCGCUCCUUGCUCUCCGAUCGUGACGAUCAGUUGGGUCUGCUUCAAGCUACUAUCUCGGGUUUGGAGCUAGAGCGCGAUCAGGCGUUGCGCGAUCGCGACGUUUUUCGAACGAGCAUAGCUACGCUCGUUACCGGCCCCAGUUUAUCUUCCCCGUCCCGUCCAGUUGAGACGGCCCCAUCUACGAGUGCUCGUGUCAAACGCCCAAGCCCCUAUGCUCUAAAUCCUCCUCCGCGGACCAAGAGAGCCAGCAUCGAGGCUACCUCGCAGUCGGUCGUCUAG